AUGUCGUCCACUCCCUCAUACCGCCAGGAGCUGCGAGUAGCAGAGCUGGCAGUUCAGCGGGCAUCUCUCCUCACCCAAAAGGUCUCGCAGCUGAAGGCAAAAGGCACACUGUCGAAGGAUGACACCUCUCCCGUGACAAUUGGUGACUUUGGAGCCCAGGCCCUCAUCAUCCAAGCCAUCAAAAAGAACUUCCCCAACGACGAGGUGGUGGCCGAAGAGGAGGCCAGCUCCCUCAGAGAAAACAAAGCCCUCAGCAGCCAGAUCUGGGAACUCGUCAAGGAGACCCGUCUCAAUGACACAGAGAGUGACUGGCUCGUCGGUGGCCAGAUGGCCAGCGAGGAGGUUUUCCUCGACACCCUCGACAGCGGAAAGAGUGCUGGUGGUCCCAAGGGCAGAAUAUGGGCUCUCGACCCCAUUGACGGCACCAAAGGGUUUCCUCCGUGGCGAGCAGUUGGAGCCAUUGGAUGCCCCAAUUUGCCUGUCUCUGACGCUGCUCUCACCCCUACUGUUGGCCAAUCCGGCUCCGAGGGUAUUGAGACUGGUGUGCUUUUCGGCACCAUCAAGGGUGCUGGUUCCACCAGCCGCAAGCUUGGUGAUGGUGCCCUCCUCCCCAGCAAACCCAUCUCCAUGAGACCUGUGCCCAACAUUGCCGAGGCCUGCUUCUGCGAGAGUGUCGAGUCCGGCCACUCGGCCCAAGGUGACAAUGCUGAAGUUGCCAGACUCCUCGGCAUCACCAACCCAAGCAUCCGUCUCGACUCUCAGGCCAAGUACUGCUCUAUUGCCCGAGGAGCCGGAGACAUCUACCUCCGCCUCCCCACCCGCCCUGACUACCAGGAGAAGAUCUGGGACCACGCUGCCGGUGACUUGCUCGUUCGUGAGGCUGGUGGCCAGGUCACCGAUAUCCACGGAAAGAGACUCGAUUUCAGCAUUGGCCGCACCCUCAAGGAGAACAAGGGUGUCGUUGCUGCCCCUGCCAGUAUCCACGCGCAGGUUAUCGAAGCAGUUACUGCCAUGUAUGGCCGCCAAGGCAACCAAGGCUUAGACAUUCUUCACUUCCCACUCUUCCCUUUUGUCUUCACGAGCAAGCAGGUUUUAAAUGAUAUUCAACGGAUCUAG